GCUCACUGCCAAGAUCUCUCUUGGCCCCUAGGGACACGAGUUUGUGAUCCCUGAAUCGCUGGGUGGGUACGUCGGAAAGACUAGGGUGCCUCAGCUCAGAGCCCGCAGUUUGAUGGAGAGGACAGGACCAGCCGGGUAGGAGGGCGGCGCGCGCGAGGGUCGACUUCUUCCCAGGGCACCGGGGACGCGAGUGCUGCGGGUGCGCGCCGAGAGGACAGCCUUGGAAGCGGGCUAAGCUUCGGCAGAGACAGACAUGAGGGGCUGCGGAGCUCGAGGGCCGGCGACCACGCUGGCCUCUGUAGGAGCCCGUAGCGCCAUGGCUCACAUGGGCUCCCGCAAGCGCUCGAGGAGUCGCAGCCGGUCCCGGGGGCGGGGGUCGGAAAAGAGAAAGAAGAAGAGCAGGAAGGACGCCUCAAGGAACUGCUCGGCCUCCGAAUCCCAAGGUCGCAAGGGCAGCGCGGCCCUCGGGGCGGAGGAGAGAAGCAAGCACAAGGCCCGGAGGAGACCACGAUCCAGCUCCUCCUCCUCUUCUUCCAGUACUUCUAGCUCUUCUUCCUCCUUGUCCUCCUCCUCUUCCUCCAGUGGUGGCCGGAAGAAGCGGGGGAAGCACAAGGACAAGAAGAGGAAGAAGAAGAAGAAGAAGAAGAAGAAGAGGAAGAAGCUGAAGAAGAAGGGCAAGGAAAAGGCGGAAGCACAGCAGGCGGAGGCUCUGCCGGGUCCCUCGCUGGACCAGUGGCACCGAUCAGCUGGGGAGGAAGAGGAUGGCCCAGUCCUGACAGAUGAGCAGAAGUCCCGAAUCCAGGCCAUGAAGCCCAUGACCAAGGAGGAGUGGGAUGCUCGGCAGAGCGUCAUCCGCAAGGUGGUGGACCCCGAGACAGGACGCACCAGGCUUAUUAAGGGAGAUGGCGAGGUCCUAGAGGAAAUCGUAACCAAAGAACGACACAAAGAGAUCAACAAGCAAGCCACCCGAGGGGACGGCCUGGCCUUCCAGAUGCGAGCUGGGUUGCUGCCCUGAGGGCCCUGGCUGGCCAAGGCCUGUGGACAGUGCUGGCAGCCCGGCCUGGGCAGGCCUCAGGGUGGCAAUGGGAAGCCUGAUGGGUGCUGGUGGCCUUUCCCCCAUGGAUUGGCCUCUGGCCCAGCCCAGCCUCUUCUCAGGGGCAGGAGGUGGAGGAUGGGGUUACUGGCCUGCUCAGCACCGCCAUCUGAAAGAGCAGUGCUUCCCAGCUAUUAAAGUCUCCCUGGUUUGAAACUC